AUGCGGGUCAAGAAAGCAGCUGGUGGUGAUCCCAUCUACCCGCUGCUGAUCAAGUUCACAGGCGAGCGGGUGGCCGGCAACAGCGGCAGUUUUCGCGAGUUUAUGCAACGUAUGGCCAAUGACUUGCAUGGCGCGCAGUUGAGCUUGCUCAUCAAGGCUCCAGCAGGUGCCUACGGACGCAACAAAGGCAAAUGGAUCAUCAACCCCGCCCGCUUUGACUUUGCAGUCUACAAGCAAUAUGAGUUUCUUGGCACGCUGUUUGCAUUGGCCAUUCGAUCUGACGUUCCAUUACCGUUGGACAUCUUGCCCAGCUUCUGGAAGUGCUUGGCUGGUUGUCCUCUCAGCAGCUCCGACCUCGCUGACUGUGACUUUUUGUUAGACACACGCUUGCAGGAAUUGAAGCGCUUGGGUGACGAGGAUGAGUUUGACGAGUAUGUUUUGCAACACGGCUUGACGUACAGCAUGCACACCCUACUGGGCGAAGAGCGUGCCGUACCACGACCGGCGGGUGCCUCAGACGGACCCCAUGCACUGCUGCGCUUUGCCGACCGCCACGCCUACAUCAAAGCAGCGACUCAUCAACGGUUGCUUGAGCUGAGCAAUCCGCCUGCCUUUGAGGCUAUGCGCAAGGGCUUUCGCUCAAUUUUGCCACUCGAGCUCCUCGCUGGUUUGGAACGCAUGGUGUGUGGUUACCCACACAUUGACCUUGCAUAUCUGCGACAGCAUACUACCUAUGCAUCCGGUUUGACGCCCAAUGAUGCCCAUGUCGAGGCGUUUUGGGCGGUGCUUGCUGAAUUUUCGCAGGAGGAAUUGCGCAAAUUUGUCAAAUUUGCUGCAAACCAAGAGCGAUUGCCAGCCGACAGUGGAACGGAUGUGCACCAACCACCGCUGCCCAUGAAAAUCGCUCAGCCUGACCCCGAUGAGAGCCAGGCCAAUGCUGAUCAGCGCUGGAUUCGUGCUGAGACGUGCAUGUUCAUGCUCAAAUUACCCCGCUACUCUUCUAAGGAUAUUUUGCGCACGCGACUGCUUCAAGCCAUGGCAACGCGCGAUGACCCAUUAGUCGGUUGAUGGCCUCCAUACGGUCUCCAUACGGCUUCCAUACGGCCUCCACACAAUCUGGUCAAAGUGAAGGUCGCACGCACAAGGCCCUCGUGGGCAUCGACAUUUUUGUACUGUAUCUCUUGUGUGCGGGUGUAGGUGUGUCUGUGUCUGUGGGUGUGGGUGGAGGUGUGAUGUUCGCCUCGGUCGUUUGUCAGUAAUUUUGGUAAUUUUGGUGGUGUUAUGA